UUCUCUUUGUUUCCUUUUUUAUUUUUUGUUAAUUAAUACUGAAUAAAUUAUCGUUCUUUUAUUGAAACAUCUGAUUCUCACUCUCUUGAUCCACUACUUUCACCUUUUUCUCUCAUUUUCCCGAGAUAAUUUCGCUUCUUAUUCACGCGGUAUCACAUUUUCUUCCUUUAAUCCUCUAAAUGGCUCUAAUCACUUUUCCCGUUUUGGAGAUCAAUUUUUAUUCGCUUUGAUCGUAAAUAGUGGCAAAAUAGUGGGAAGUAAAUAAAGUAGUUAGGAGACAUUUUAUUGAUGAGCACAUUGACGGGCUGAGUGAAUCUGCAAGUUUAAAUUUACAGAAUUAGAGAAUUUAAAUGAAUUGGAAUCCACAUAUGGAGGUUCAUUACACAAACACUAGCUACCCAUAUAAUUCAGCUGGAAGCUUUAUGGAAUAUUUUGAAGGCCUUACCUAUGAACACGUGAAUUUUAUUUUUGAUGGAGCUUCCCAUGUUCAGGAAAGUGUGUACCCCUCUGUGAAUGCAAAUUUCUACAAGUUCGGUGUGUCGCAGUUUGGGGGUAGUUUAUAUUAUGAUCAUAGUCAUGCUUAUGAAGUCCAUGAUCAUGGACCACAAAUUGAUGACUAUAGAAGGCCCCUGGAGAAUUCUUCAACUAUAAGUAAUGCGCCAACUGCUGCUGUAAAUGCAGAAUGGGAAGGGAAUGAAAACAUGACUACUCAAAAUGAUCAUGUGGAAUGUCCGCGGAGACAUCAGAAUGCUCAAGAUUUUCAGGUUAUUUGGCAAGACAACGUUGAUCCUGACAAUAUGAGUUAUGAGGAAUUAUUGGAAUUAGGUGAGACGGUUGGAACUCAAAGUCGUGGUCUUUCCCAAGAACUUAUUUCCUUGCUUCCAGUGUCAAAGUACAAGCGCUGCUUUUUCUCAAGAAGGAAAUCAAGAAGUGAGAGGUGUGUGAUUUGCCAAAUGGAAUAUACGCGAGGUGACCGGCGGAUGACGCUGCCUUGCAAACAUGCCUAUCACGUUGGUUGUGGUACUAGAUGGCUUAGCAUCAAUAAGGCGUGCCCCAUUUGUUAUGUGGAUGUGUUUGGUGAUGCACCAAAACGUUAGGAAACUUCCACUGGUGGACAUAACAAUUUUCUGUUCUUUUGAAUUUGGGUACUUUUCACCGCAUGCAUACAGAGUCGCUUGUUUCGGUUUUUCAUUUUCUGUCGAGUGUAGAAAAGAAUCAUUUAGUUUGUAAUAAACGGAGUUAGAAACUUAAGAAAGAGAUGUGCCAUGAGUCUAGGGAUUGUACGGUUUUUAAUGAUCCUAUCUUCGACA